AAACUUAGUUCAGACAGGGAUGCCUUUAACACUCAACUAUAAUCAUGUGUAAUGACAGUCCUGACAGAUGACCUUAUCCUGAAUUUGAAUCAAAGUGCUUAUAAGCCACCCGCUGUUCGCUUCCACACACAAAAACCGGAUUGGACAGUAGCUAAUAAGAUGACUGGUAAUCCUCAGGGCUAAAGGUAUAGAGUAAUGGCUCUUUCUUUGUCUCUCACACAAACACACACGCAGACAAAUGCACCGAACAAUGCACCUUUAAAAAGAAAAAAACAGUUGCAUCUUCGUCGACAUCACAUGUGGCCCAGCAGAGGCAGAGGAAGAGGAUCAAGCUUAAGGAGGGUCACAGCGAAGGAAACCUGGCCGUGAGGCGUUUUACGUGGUUGACAUCGACAGAGGGAAGCCAUUUAAGAAAGACGUGAGGAAGAGUGGAAGACAUGAGGGGAGGAAGGAGAGGCACCAAUUAGAGCCACCUGCACUGCGGCCGGGCAUAGGGCAAAACAGGACACAACUUGUGAACUUUCAGGUCUGGGCUGUUGCCAUGGCGAGGUCUGGUCGCCCAGCGUCUGAGAGCUACCAGUCUGCCUGCUGUUCGGUUGGACAGUCACUGUCCUCGUCCAGUGAAGUUGGCAUUUUGGAGGACGAAGAUGACCGGACUCCUAUUUUCUCCCUUUCUAAAAGCUCAGUAGAUGUCGUCACAGCAACAGGCCCUCCUCACAAGCGAGACCUAGCCUGGAUGCGACUGGAUCUGAAGCGCAGCUCCAGCACCAACACACACUCUGACCAGAAUCAAGUGACGCUACAGCAGCUGCACCAUCACAAGUGGCACCACAACAGCCACCAGUUUUCAGUCACAACUCAGAAUGAGGACUUGCACAGCCCUCCACCUCUCAGUGAGCGCUGGAUUUCCAACAUGCAUCGCUGGAGUGGCUGCAGCAGCAGCACGCACAGCCGCAGUAGCACUCCUGACACGGUUGUAGGGAAGGAAGGGUCCUCGCGCUCCUGUUGUCUCAGCCAGGAAGCAACCGGCUGCUUCACCCCAGAUUCUCCAAUGUCUAGAGUAACCUCUCCUCCAACCACACCCUCACCAUUGAUUUCCCCCUUCCACACACCUACUUUACCACCUCAAGAUCAUUUAGCUUCUUCACCACUAACACCAAGCACACACCGGGAGUCUGAGUACUCACCUCGCCCUCGGAUAACCUGUAGAGACGACAGCAAUUCCCCCGAGAAACUUUUAUUUCAGUUUCCUUCCCCAGUCCAAUCGCAUGCAAGCUUAACAGAUGAAGGACAGUGUGCAAAUUCUGCAUGCCUUGUUAAUGAUGAGAGUAAAGAAUCACCCACCCCCACAAACACCCAAGUAAUGGAAGAUAAAAGAGAGGCAAGUCCACUGCCAGCUGGUUGCAAGCCGGAGUCAAGUCCUUCUGCAGAAAAAAAUGAUUUCAAAGCCAAACUCUCAGGUUGCCAUUAUCUUCUGUCAUUGGACCAAAGUUGCCAGAUGGGCAAAAGUUGGAGAACACCACUUGUUUCUUCUUUGAGUGACUCACGGUUGGGUGACCUCAUGACGCACUUGGAGGCUACCGCCAAUAAUCUAAAGUCAGAGCUGCUUAGGGAGGAAGGAACGAUGACCUCACAGCUGGAAAUGCUGGAUGCUGCGGUGCAGACAGGCUCCCCUUUGGGCUCCUGCUGCGACCUUCAGAAGAACAUGUCCAACUCCAACAGUGGCUCGCCCUCGCUCUUGGGCUCUCCACCCGGAUCCAGACUAAAUCUGAAGGCGUCUGUGGGAUCCCACUCCAACCUGGUUUCGCCAUCUUCAAGCAUGUUCCCAGUGAGCAGCGGUGAGGAGGAGGAAAAGCAACAAAACACCCCAGAAUGGGACGCUACCGCCGCUUCUACACGGUAUCUGGAGAGAAAAAGAUCAUGUCUGAAGGCCCUGUCUGAAGACUGUGAUGAGCUUGGCAGAAGGGGCAGCAUGAAGCAGGUGCUAUGGGAUGAGGAUGGACUGACGUGGGACAUUCAUGGAGCCUCCUUGGACCCCGAGGAGCUCAGCACCGCCAUACAGAAACAUCUGGAUCUCAAGAAUAGCCCCCAGCCACAGAGACGCUCCUCUAAGAAGAAGAAAGCACCAAUGCCUCCACUCAUAUCAAACAUGGUAACAACAAUGGCCCCUGACACAAGCCCACCAGCAAUGAGCAUUAAGUGCAUGGUGGAGGGUGAGAGUCAGGAGACCCUGGAGACUGAAGCAGCAAGGGAGGUGCAGACAGAAACAGGGGCCAGAAAGCAGGAAAAGGAGGAAGCUAACUGUAGAAGAAGCAGAGAAGAGCAAGGCAAAAUACAGGAAAUAGAAGAGGAGGAAGGUGGAGAGAAGAUAGCCAAUAGCGUAAAGUCACCAACACAGGGGAUUGGACACAGCAAGAAAAAAACAGUGAUCAGAUCCCUGAGGAGGCCUGGAUGGUGCGGAGGAUCCAAAAAGAUGGAUGACUGAGACUCUAUGACUCUUGCACAGCAUUAAAACUGUGUUUUGAAGAAACAUGUUCAAUCAGGAUGGGAUCAAAGCCUUUCCACAGCAUACAUUCAUUUAUUUCCUAUAAAUUUGGUAGCAUCUGCCACUGGAGUCAAGCUGUCCUGAUUCAUCAUGUAGUCUCUAAAUAAAGACUUUUCAGGAUAGAUGUUCACUCAGGUUUUAUGCUUUUCCCUUUCAACUGUGUAAAGCCCUGUGUAAAGCUCAAGAUAGCUGUGUGCAAUUGCAUUUCUGUAACUGAAAAUAUAUGUAAAAUCAAAAGUGUGACAAAAACAUCAAGUGCUAAUAUGUUAGAAACCUCAAACAGCUGAAGCCAAGUAUUGUGACCGAACGUACAGGAAGAUGGACUUGUGAGAGCUUAUUUAUUUAACAUGAUCUACACACAUCAGCAGAUCUUUUGUACUGAAGGAGGAGAAAACAAUUGGAGUAAAGGAAAAUUAUUUUUUAUGUGGCAAAAUUUACCCUCACAAACAACAGCAGUGGUGGACUGGUAAUCCUGGGAAAAGAACUGUAAUACUUCAAACACUACUGAUCCAGGUUAUAUGUCAGCAUCUAUAUAUGGUACUCACUAUUUUUAAGGGAGACAAGGGUACGACAACUAUUUAAAGACAACAAAAAGGCCAAUUAGGAUUCACUCAUCAUCCAUACUUUCAGUAUUUAUAUGCUUAAUGUUUUUAAAAUAGGAUAAGAUUUGCCCUUUUAUCACUUUCAGACAAUGAAGUAAGUACAGUAGAAUGUAUGUAUGUAUUUUUUAGACACCUAUAAACUUAA